AUGACUCUGGCUCCACUGUUAAAACUCUGUCUGCAUUCUGGAUAUGUGUGGGCUUCAGAGUCAGUUCAUGGGUAUGCUUGCAAGAUCGGUUUGGAUAAUGAUGAAUUUGUUGCCGGAGCUCUUGUUAAUAUUUAUCUGAAGUUUGGUAAGGUUAAGGAAGGUAGGGUUUUGUUCGAAGAGAUGCCUUACAGAGAUGUGGUUUUAUGGAACUUGAUGUUGCAAGCUUAUCUGGAUAAUGGAUUUGAUGGAGAAGCAGUCGAACUCUCUUCUGCAUUUCAUAGAAGUGGCUUGCAUCCCAACGAAAUCACCUUGCGUUUGCUCGCUAGAAUUUCUGGUGAUGACAUUGACUCUAAAGGAGGACAAGUGAAUUCCUUUGCAAAUGGUAAUGAUGCUUCAGAAAUAAGAUCCAAGAACCAAAAGUUGACUAAAUGUCUCAAGGCAAGCCAGUAUUCAACUCUUCUCCAAUGUUUCGCGGAUAUGGUUGAGUCCAACUUGGAAUGUGAUGAAGUCACAUUUAUUUUAGUGUUGGCUACAUCUGUUAGGUUAGAUAGUUUAGCAUUAGGGAAGCAAGUUCAUUGUAUGACACUGAAGUUAGGAUUUGAUUUGAUGCUCGCCGUUGCGAAUAGUGUAAUAAACAUGUACUGUAAACUGAGAAAAAUCGGUUUUGCCAGGACAGUGUUUCACAGUAUGAGUGAACGAGAUUUGAUUUCGUGGAAUUCAAUUAUCGACGGGUUUGCUCAAAGUGGCCUACAAGUGGAAGCAGUGUCUUUGUUUAUGCAGCUGUUACGUUGCGGCCUCACGCCAGACCAGUAUACUGUGACGAGUGUUUUAAAGGCAACUUCUUCUCUUCCUGAAAGCUUGUCGUUGAUUAAACAAGUUCAUGUUCAUGCAAUUAAAUUCAACAAUGUUGCUGACAGUUAUGUAUCUACUGCUCUGAUAGAUGCCUACUCUCGGAACAAGUGUAUGGAAGAGGCAGAGGUUUUGUUUGAGAGGAACAGUUUCGACCCCGUGGCUUGGAAUGCCAUGAUGUCUGGUUAUACCCAAAGUCAUGACGGUCACAAGACUCUGAAGCUCUUCGCGUUGAUGCAUAAACAGGGAGAGAGAUCCGAUGAUUUCACGCUCGCAACAGUGCUCAAGACAUGUGGUUCCUUGCUUGCGAUAAAUCAGGGAAAGCAAGCCCAUGCUUAUGCAGUCAAAUCUGGAUAUGACUUAGAUCUAUGGGUUAGCAGUGGAGUUUUGGAUAUGUACGUAAAAUGUGGCGAUAUGAGGGCAGCACAUUUUGCUUUCAAUAGCAUUCCUGCCCCAGACGAUGUUGCUUGGACGACAAUGAUAUCAGGAUGCAUAGAAAAUGGAGAAGAAGAGCGAGCUUUUCAUGUUUAUAGCCAGAUGAGGCUCAUGGGAGUGUUGCCUGAUGAAUUUACGAUAGCCACACUUGCGAAAGCAAGCUCUUGAAAGCUAUAA